CGCGCUCGCUCGGCUGUUCGCUGCCAGAGGCGCGACCGCGGGCGCGCCAUGGCUGCUUGCCCGCCUCAGGCUGUUGACUCUGAGCAAGUCUGGCUUGAGGCUGCCCAGGCAUUCAUCCACAAGACCCUGUGCCCAGCCGGUGAGGAACCUAAUGUCCAAUUGACUCAGUCAGUAAUAGAAUGUGUGAAGACUCUCUGGUUGCCCCAGGGAAGGAGCCAGGGCUUGACAUUGCCCCUCAGCUACAGGUUUGUCUCAGUUCAGGACCUAAAGACCUACCAGCGUCUUCCAUGCUGCAGUCAUCUGUCCUGGAGCAGUAAUGCAUACCACACUUGGGCCCAUCAGUCUGUACCAAAUGGGAACCCUCUGCCCCGGGAACGACUGUUGCUCUUAGGAACCUUAACAGAUCUCUUAGGAGACUUGGAAGACGAGUGCAGGAAUGGGAGCCUCUAUGUGAAAGAUAACACCGGUUCCCUUGGCUGUGAGGUCAUAGAUCUGGAUCUUUCUUGGUUGGGUCAUCUCUUUCUAUUUCCCAGUUGGAGUUACCUGCCUCCUGCCAAGUGGAAUUUCUCUGGGGAAGGGCACUUGGAGCUCUGGAGUGACCCUGUGCCAGUGUUUCCCUUGCCCGUCAAUCCAAGCACUCUUAGUCCUCACCCUGUUCUCUACCCAGAGACUGCAACCCACUUACUCCAGCACAGUAGAAGCAAGCUUAAAGAUGUGCAGAACUUGGCUGGGACACUGGUUCGAUUGAGUGCACUUGUGAAAAGUCGAAGUAAAACUUACUUUGUUCUGACUCUUGGAUCAUCCCCAGUUGGCAGCCAUGUCUCCGUCAUCGUACAGAUCCCUGCCCACCUGGUGUGGCACCGAGCUCUUUGGCCUGGUAGGGCCUAUAUCCUGACAGAGCUGCGAUUAUCCAGGAUUCGUGAUCUCCCUCACUAUAUUUGGGUGACCAGUCCCUCUUCUCAUCUUUUGCCUUUUAAACCGGAGUAUGUGUGCAAGCCAGACCUAGAGCUGAAUGAACUCCCCUUGGAGACUGAUUCCAAGUCCCUUCCUGUGUUCAACACCUCCCAAGACCAGAAGGGGCAAGAAGAUCUUGUCAGGGAAUCCAAAGUCUUAGGAUAUACGGGAGUGGUCACUGAUGUGCUGAAUGGAGCCGCUGGCCUCUAUGAACUGGACGGGCAGCUGAGGUUCUGCCUUGCCUAUCAGCAGGUCCAUGACCUCAGGCGGGUAUUGCGACCAGGAGUUUCUCUGGAGCUCCGGGAUGUUCACCUCCUUCAAUCUGUGGGUGGAGGGACAACAGGACCAGUGUUAGCAUCCUGCUUCCGUGGUGCCGUUUUAGUCCGGGGCUUCUCCUGUCGAACUCCAGAGAUUCAUUCUUCCCAACAAGUCUACGGGGCCUCUCUGUAUGAGCAGCUGCUGUGGGAACGGCAGUUAGGACUUCCCCUCUACCUGUGGGUUGUCAAGGCCAUAAAGGAGCUGACCUGCAAGCUGUGCCCCCAUGUGCUGAGAUACAGACAGUUCCUACAGCAUUGCUCUCAGGGGAAUCCCAGCCUGGUCCUACAGCUACUGACUCCUAGUCUGGAUGUUCUAGCGCCGCUGUGCAGCACCAAACGAAAUCCACACAAGGAAAUCCUUGAAGAGCCACAUCACUGUCCACUCCAGAAGUAUACUCCGCUGCAGAGCCUCUGCUCUUUUCCUCUUCUGGCUUCGGUGAAGGAAGAUGGGCAGUACAGGGCCUGGGACUCCUUUGAUCCUAAGGCCCUUCUGCCCUUUCCAGAGGCUUCUCACCUGACCAGUUAUGAACUCAAUCGGCGCCUCGCCUGGUCCUGGCUCUGUCUGCCCGCCACUGCCUUCCAGGCAAGACAGAUUUUACUUGGGUUUCUGGUGACUUCAUCUCGUAAAGGUUGCCUGUAUCUUCGGGACCAAAGUGGUUGCCUCCCCUGCCUUAUCCUGGACAAGAACUCUGAACCUCUCAGUGAUCCCCAGUUCAUAGGCUGCCUGUUACGGGUGGAGAAGUUCCAGUUGAUUAUCGAGAGGAAUGUCAGAAGCAACUUCCCUUCCUGGGAGGAACUAAGCAAGACUGGCUACAUUCAGAAACAGCGUGCCAGAAUCUAUGUCCAGUUCUCUCUGGCUGAUGCCCUGAUCCUGUCUGUGCCCAGACUUCUCCAUAACUCAGCCUCCUCCUUCACAUCUUCUCAGACAGAGCCCGCUCUUAUAGCACAGAGCCGGCUAUUCUUCUUGUCCCACAAGGAGGCCCUGAUGAAGAGGAACAUUCAUGUUCCCAGGGCAGCCAACCCAGAGGUGCCCAAGCCUACUCUCAGUUUUUAUGUUUCGGGCAACUGGCUUGGAGGCACCCAGAAGAAGGAAGGCACUGGAUGGAGUCUACCUGAGCACACAGGAGAAAAGGACAUAGAUCAGAAGAUUCUUCUCCUCUUCCUUGGCUCCUCAGUCCGAUGGUUCGAGUUCUUGCACCCAGGUCAAGUGUACCGGCUUGUGGCUCGUGGCCCUCCUACAACACUGGUGCUUGAGAGCGGUUCAUCCAGCGAGUCCCAGUGUCCUUUACAUUUGGCCGGCUGUGCAUCCUGCCUCACUGUCCAGGAUGAGUGGACUGUAGAACUUGAGAGCUCCCAGGACAUCCCAAAUGUGCUGGGUAUCCGUAGGACUGAAACCUCCUUACCUGACUUGUUCAGUGACAAAUGCACCGAUUCCUUGGUGUCUUUCUCAGCAGAGAUUUUGUCACGGACACAUUCGGCCUUUCUCCAGAUGAAGUCUGGCAGUGCAGGGGCUGACAGAGGGUGUAUGAAGCUCACCGUAGCUCUGGAGACUGCCGACUGUAAAUUCCGCCCUCAUUUGAACAUUUAUAUUGAUGAGCCCCACUUGUCUCCCAGAUUGGGACUCCUCCCAGGAGCCCUAGUUUAUUUCAGCAAACUGGAGAAAAGAAUUUCCAGGUUGUACAAUGUCUACUGUUGUUUCCAGCCAACCACCCAUGUACAGGUCCUGAGUUUUCCCCGGGAAACCAUGAUCAGGCCUUCCCUGCCCCACAUUUACCUGGCUGAACUUCUGCAGGGUGACCAGGUCCCAUUCCAGGCCACUGCCUCCUGUCAUAUUGUUUCUGUCUUCAGCCUUCAGCUCCUAUGGGUUUGUGCUCAUUGCAGUUGCCUUUGUGUUCAGGGAAGGUGUACUGCUCAGUGUUCUACUUGCCCUACUCAAACAUCUGUAAGCCAGGCUAGCAUCAGGUUCCUGGUAGAGGAUGGGACCGCUGAAGCUGUGGUGACCUGUAAGAAUCAUCAUGUGGCAGCAGCACUCGGGCUGAGUCCUAGUGAGUGGACCUCCCUCCUAGAGAUGGUUCGAAGGCCAGGAAGAGUGGCCUUGCAAUUUACAUGGUCCGGAGCCCAAUUUGAGUCCUCAGGGAAAAUUAAUGAGCCCGUGACCUUCUUCCUCCGAACACUUUGUACCAGCAUUUCUGUCCUUCGCCCUGUUAUGCUUACUUUUGAAUUUGAGAGGAAACCCUCUAAUAUCAUUUCAUUAGAACAUUCUCGGCUACAGCGAUUCCAGUAUGGGGAACUCCCUUUCCUGACUUAUGUGAAUCAGAGGAUCCAGCUGUCAUGCCUCUCUAUCCAAGAACCUACACACCCCAGAUCUGCAGCGGCCUUUGCUUUCUCCAGCUAACCUGACCUGCAACAGUGACCUGAAUAGAAGUUCUUGUGGGCGCAAACCUUACCUGGGUCCCAGCCCCUUUCCCUGUCCACGGCCCUUUCCUUCUCUGUAGCUAAACCAGGACUCCAGAACCCUAAGUUCAAAAACCGCUACACACUCCCCUGAGCACUGCCAAGAGUAAUUCCUGAGUGCAGGGCCUGUUGUGAUACCAAAAAAAAAAAAAAAAACCCAACAAAAAAAAAAUUGCUACCCAGUGCUUAAGAGACAGGUAGGCACUUGUGCAGUCAACUUGGGUUCAAUUCAUAAUACCUCUUACUGAACCCCACGUGCUGCUGGUAUGAUCCUUAAGUGCAGAGCUAGGAGUGGGUGAGGACCACCCAUCCCCUAUAAAAACCCUUCUACACUACCUUAAUUUUUCCUUCAAAUUCUGCUGCCAACCUGCCCUGGGGAGAUUAUAAAACUAGGGAAAUCAUGGCUCUGCAGAUAUGUCUGUUCUGUUUGGGGUUGACACUGACAGGUCAUUGGCAUUGACGGGUUGCCCAAAUCAUCUGGAUUCUGCUGAUAUGGCCUGAAGAAUGAAGUAUUGCCUCUUGUGGGGGUUACUCGUAACAGGUCUCUUGACCUGCAAUAAAGUUAUAGGAAUGUUUCUUACUUGUAUUCAUCUAUGGGAUUCCAGCCCUCCGAAUUUCCUAGCAGUUGGCACACUGCUUACCAUUCAUUUGGGUCCUUAUUUGCCAGCAAAAUUGGCA